AUGGGGAAUGCAUGGAUGGUGAUGGAUGAUGUAUCAAUGGAGGAGGGCCUCCUGGGUGGAUUGGGUGGACGAAUGCUGAGUGGACACAUGGCUGGACAGGCACACACGUGGCUGAGCCCAUGGCUGGUUUUUGCUCUGAACCCCCCAGUGCAGGUGGUACUGGGGGAGCUGAGGGUCUCCAGCAUCACCCCAGGCUCUGUGGGGCUGCAGUGGAGCGUCCCCAAGGGCUCCUUUGACUCCUUCACGCUGCAGUACCGGGAUGCCCAGGGCCAGCCCCAGGCCCUGCCCAUCGAUGGUGAGUCCCGCUCAGUGACGGUGCCGGGGCUGUCCCUGUCCUGCCGGUACUGCUUCCACCUCUAUGGGCUGAGGGGAGGCAAAAGGAUUGACCGUGUCUCCACUGACACUGUCACAGGUGAGUCCCCUGCAUCUGAGGCAGUCUCGGCGUGAGCGGUGCUGGAGGAGCUGAAGCUCUCCAGUGUCCCACCAAACUCUCUGGGGUUUCAGUGGAGCAUCCCUGAGAGCUACUUUGACUCCUUCACACUGCAGUACCAGGAUGCCCAGGGCCAGCCCCAGGCCCUGCCCAUCGAUGGCGAGUCCCGCUUCGUGAUGGUGCCGGGGCUGUCCCUGUCCUGCCGGUACCGCUUCCACCUCUAUGGCCUGAAGGGAGGCAAAAGGAUUGACCAUUUAUCCACUGACAUUGUCACAGUGCUGGAGGAGCUGAGGGUCUCCAGCAUCACCCCAGGCUCUGUGGGGCUGUAGUGGAGGGUCCCCGAGGGCUCCUUUGACUCCUUCACACUGCAGUAGUGGGAUGCCCAGGGCCAGCCCCAGGCCCUGCCCAUCGAUGGUGAGUCCCGCUCAGUGACGGUGCUGGGGCUGUCCCCGUCCCGCCGGUACCGCUUCCACCUCUAUGGGGUGGGGGGAGGCAAAAGGACCAACCAUGUCUCUAUUGACAUGGUCACAGCACCCCCAUCUGAGACCCCCACGGCACGGGCAGUGAUGGGAGAACUGAGGGUCUUCAGCAUCACCCCAGAAUCUAUGGGACUGCAAUGGAGCAUCCCCAAGGGCUCCUUUUACUCCUUCAUGCUGCAGUACCGGGAUGCUCAGGGCCAGCCCCAGGCCCUGCCCAUCGAUGGUGAGUCCCACUCGGUGACGGUGCUGGGGCUGUCCCCGUCCCGCCGGUACUGCUUCCACCUCUAUGGGCUGAGGGGAGGCAAAAGGACUGACCACAUCUUCACUGACUCUGCCACAGGUGAGAAGGGUCAGAGGGCCACAGCCACAACAGAGGAGCCACAACCUGAGGACUCCAAAGACCCCCCAAUUGAGGCCCCUCCAUCUGAGACCCCCUUGGCACAAGCAGUGCUGGGAGAGCUGAAGGUCUCCAGUGUCAGCCCCAGCUCUGUGCAACUACAGUGGAGUGUCCCCAAGGGCUCCUUUUACUCCUGCAUGCUGCAGUACCGGGAUGCCCAGGGCCAGCCCCAGGCCCUGCCCAUCGAUGGCGAGUCCCACUUGGUGAUGGUGCCGGGACUGACUCCAUCCCGCCGGUACCACUUCCACCUCUAUGGGCUGAGGGGAGGCAAAAGGAGCGACCACGUCUCCAGUGAGGCUGCCACUGGUGGCCCAGGGACCCUGUGGGUGGGCUCGGUGUGGCCCUGCAGUGCCCGGCUGCACUGGGACCCCCCCCGCCCCCCUGAUGUCUACGAGCUGGAGUACGGCCCCCCGGGGGGCCCCAGCAGGUAACGACCCCCCAAAAGGAACCUAAAAACCCCCGGGUACCCUGUGGCUGCCCCCGAGGCGACAUCGCAGCAGCUCUGGGGGCUGGAGCCGGCAGGACGCUAUGGGGUGCGGCUGUGGGGCCGAGUGGGACACCCCAAAAGUGCCCCUCUGGAGGCCACCUUUGACAAGUCCCCACUUCCGCACCCCCAUCCCCGGGACUGCGCCGAGGAGCAGCGGAACGGGCCGGGACCCUCCCGGGACACCCUCAUCUCCCUCGGGGGGGACCUGGCCCGACCCCUCCGCGUCUUCUGUGACAUGGACACGGACGGCGGCAGCUGGCUGGUUUUCCAGCGCCGCCAGGACGGAGGCACCGAUUUUUGGAGGGGGUGGGACUCGUACGCCCACGGCUUCAGCAAUGUUAGCGGUGAAUUCUGGCUUGGGAACGAGGCACUGCAUGAGCUGACGGCCGCCACCCCCAUGGAGCUGUGUGCGGACUUGAGGGCAGGUCGUGACUCCACGAUCUAUUGCGACUUCGCCGUGGGCAGCGCAGAGGAGCAGUACCAUCUCCGCGAAUCUGGGGGGCGUCUGUGGGGUCUCUAUGGGGAUUUAUGGGGGUCUCUGGAACUCUCUAAGGGUUCUGACCCCCCAGCUCCCCCACAGGGCAUCCACUGGUUCCCCUGGAAAGGCUUCAACGUCUCCAUCCCCUUCACUGAGAUGAAGCUGCGGCCACAGCGUGGCUGAGGGGGCU